GGAUGGAAGCCUUCGAGCCGAGGACGAUCGGCCAAACGGAGGCAAAAACCUAAACCCCUAAGCAGGUACAGGAGAAAGACUGCUAACGCUCGGGAACGGAGCAGAAUGAGGGAAAUCAACGAGGCGUUCGAAGCGCUCCGAAGAGCUGUUCCGCAUCUGGCGGUGGACGCGCACAAUGAAAAGCUGACGAAAAUCACCACCCUACGGCUGGCCAUGAAGUACAUUUCCGCAUUGAGCGGGUUGUUGUCGGCACAGCCUUCGCCAGGUACCGCGACCGGAACUUCGCCGUCCCAGUCGGACGUGGACUCUCUACUCAGCGAGUACGCGCCCGACUUACUGAGCGAGUGCUCUCUGUCGACGCCACCCGGAAGCAGCAGUGGCGGCGGCUGUGGUUUUCUGGACCCUGUUUUCAGAGACUUAAACGCCUAUUCGCUCUCGCCUUCUUCCUGUUCUACCGACGUUGGAUUCCCGUCCCUGUUGGCCACCGACUUUCCGGACGCCGCUUCGUUCAUGCCGUUCGCCGAUCAUGCCCUGCCGCCCAUCGACUUCAACGGCGACCCGUACAUAUUCGAAGACAACUUCGCCACAGAGUUCAGUUAGAUCUGCCCGUUUUCUACGAGGUGCCAUAUAAAAAUUCACGUGAAACGGUAACGUGUUCUAUUUAUGGUUUGAUUUUCAUGUUCGCUUACCGUUUUAACAGAUGAUUUUUAUUAUAUUUAAACAAUUUGUGAUAAGUUCGGUCGA